AGCUGGCGGGCCGCGGCCGCGCUGAGCAGGCGGCGCGGGGAGCUUGGAAUUUGGUUCCGCCGGCUUGGAGCCUAGGAAGAGGAUCAUGGCUGCUGUUCCUCAAAAUAAUCUGCAGGAGCAACUGGAGCGUCAUUCAGCCAGAAAAGUUAAUAAUAAAUUAAGUCUUUCAAAACCGAAAUCUUCAGGUUUCACUUUUAAAAAGAAAAUAUCUUCAGCCAAUGAUGUAUCUGUGACUAGCGUGUCAGUAGCAAAAACACCUGUGUUAAGUGAUAAAGAUGUUAAUGUUACUGAGGCUUUUUCCUUCAGUGAAACUUUAUCCCAAACCACAAAUCAGCAGACAAGCAUCAAUCGCUUUAAAAAUGCUCCAGCCAGACAGCAAACCAAGAGAGUUGGUUCAAAACCAUUAUUGCCAGAUUUGGUGCAGGUUCCACAGGAAGUAUUACGUACUACCCAGAGCACACCACUUAUAAAGGAAACCUGUGAUUCUACUUUCAAGAAAUUAGAAUUUAGUUCUUCAUCAGAUUCUUUUAUUACCAUCAAUGAUAGAGAUGACAUGGAUGACUUCGAUACUUCCAGAAAUUCAAAAGCAUUUGUUACACCACUCAAAAAUCACUUCGUAAAAGUAAGCACUGCUCAAAAAUCAGAAAAGUCUAAGAGAAACUUUUUUAAAGCACAGCUUCAUAAAGCAAAUACAGUAAAGACUGAUUUGACUCCUUCCUCUGAAGGCAAGCAAGUAUAUUUGACUAAGGAACAGAAGGCUGACUUCAAAUGGUUAAGUAGUGAUGUGAUUUGCAUUGAUGAUGACUCCAAUUCCAGAGAGCUUAUAAAUGAAGAUACUCAGGAUAGUCACUCUUUAAAAACUCAUUUGGAAGAGGAAAGAGAUAAUAGUAAAAAGGAGAAAAACUUGAAAGAAACUGAAUUACAUUCAGUUGAGGAUUUUCCAUGUGCUGAGCUUGAUGAAGACGAUUACGAUAUAGAUUUUGUUCCACCUUCGCCAGAAGAAGUAAUGACUUCUGCCUCGUCUUCCUCUUUAAAAUGCUUUAGUAUGUUAAAGGACCUUGACACCUGUGACAGAAAGAAGGAUGAUCUUAGCACCUCAGAGGACCUGUCAAAUCCUGAGAAAAUGCUUACUCGGCAGUCUAACCAAGAAACCAGCACAGACUGUAACAGUACAAAAACCAGACAGAUAAGUUUACAGCAGCAGCUUAUUCGCGUGAUGGAGCACAUCUGUAACUUAGUUGAUACUAUUCCUGAUGAUGAACUGAAAGCUCUGGAUUGUGGGAAUGACCUGCUUCAGCAGCGGGACAUAAGAAAGAAGCUCCUAGCUGAAGCAGAUUUUAACCCACGUGGUGCUGGUGUUCUUGGCUCUGUGUGGAGGUGCAGGCCUGAUGCUCUUGGUAGCCCUGCUACCAAGGAUAUGGUAUCUGUUUCCCCGCCUUAUACAUUUCCGAAGGGUGAUUCCCUCCCUCCAGGGAAUUCUGAUACUGAGUUAGAUUUCCCACACAGUCCCUCAGAAUCCAUUUCUACUGGGGAAUGUUUAGUGACUACUACCCUAGGAAAGACAGGAUUCUCAGCCACCAAGAAGAAUCUCUGUGAAGGACCACCAUUCAAUUCCCAGAAGUCCUUUGUAAGUAGCAACUGGGCUGAAACACCAAGGAUAAAAGAAAGAAGAGAGAGCUCUUACUUCCCAGAAAACGUUCUCACAAGCACUGCUGUGAAAGAUCAGAAUAAACAAAGUGCUGCAAUAGAUGACUUAGAAAGAGAAAUCCAGGCUUCCUAUGAUAUUGAUAAUUUUGACAUAGAUGACUUUGAUGAUGAUGAUGAGUGGGAAAGUAUAAUGAAUAAUUUAGAAGCCAGCAAAGCUUCCACAGCUGCCUAUCCACCUAUUAAGGAAGGUUGGCCACUUAAAUCAGUAUCAGAAAGGACUUCUACAGCCAAGGCAAACCUUUCAUUGGCAUCUACUGUUCAAAAUAAAAACUCCUCAGAGUCAAUUCAGAAUUACACUGACCAGUUGGCGCCAAAUUUAGCAUCCAGAAAUCUGAAACACGAGCGUUUCCAGAGUCUUAGUUUUCCUCAUACAAAAGAAAUGAUGAAGAUUUUUCAUAAAAAAUUUGGCCUGCAUAAUUUUAGAACUAAUCAGCUAGAGGCGAUCAAUGCUGCACUGCUUGGUGAAGACUGUUUUAUCUUAAUGCCCACUGGAGGUGGUAAAAGUUUGUGUUACCAGCUCCCUGCCUGUAUUUCUCCUGGGGUCACUAUUGUCAUUUCUCCAUUGAGAUCACUUAUAAUAGAUCAAGUCCAAAAGCUGACUUCACUGGAUAUCCCAGCUACAUAUCUGACAGGUGAUAAGACUGACUCUGAAGCUGCAAGUAUUUACCUCCAAUUAUCAAAAAAAGACCCAAUUAUAAAACUUCUAUAUGUUACUCCAGAGAAGGUCUGUGCAAGUAAAAGACUGAUUUCCACUCUGGAGAAUCUGUAUGAGAGGAAGCUCUUGGCACGGUUUGUUAUUGAUGAAGCACAUUGUGUCAGUCAGUGGGGACAUGAUUUUCGUCAAGAUUACAAAAGAAUGAAUAUGCUUCGCCAGAAGUUUCCCUCUGUUCCAGUGAUGGCUCUUACUGCCACAGCUAAUCUCAGGGUACAGAAGGACAUCCUCACUCAGCUGAAGAUUCUCAGCCCUCAAGUGUUUACCAUGAGUUUUAACAGACAUAAUCUGAAAUACGACGUGUUACCAAAAAAGCCUAAGAAGGUGGCAUUUGAUUGCUUAGAAUGGAUCAAAAAGCAUCACCCACAUGAUUCAGGGAUAAUUUACUGCCUCUCCAGGCGAGAAUGUGACACAACAGCUGACACCUUACAGAAGAAUGGUCUCGCUGCUCUUGCUUAUCAUGCUGGCCUCAGUGAUUCUGCCAGAGAUGAAGUACAGCACAAAUGGAUCAAUCAGGAUGGCUGCCAGGUUAUCUGUGCAACAAUUGCCUUUGGAAUGGGGAUUGACAAACCCGAUGUGCGAUUUGUGAUCCACGCAUCUCUCCCUAAAUCCAUCGAGGGUUACUACCAAGAAUCUGGCAGAGCUGGAAGAGAUGGGGAGAUAUCUCACUGCCUGCUUUUCUAUACCUAUUAUGACGUGACCAGACUGAAGAGACUUAUACUGAUGGAAAAAGACGGAAACCAUCAUACGAAAGAGACUCACUUCAAUAAUUUGUAUAGUAUGGUACAUUACUGUGAAAAUAUAACAGAAUGCAGGAGAAUACAGCUUUUGGCUUACUUUGGUGAAAUUGGAUUUAAUCCUGAUUUUUGUAAGAAAUACCCAGAUGUUUCUUGUGAUAACUGCUGUAAAACAAAGGAUUAUAAGACACGAGAUGUGACUGAUGAUGUAAAAAAUAUUGUAAGAUUUGUUCAAGAGCAAAGUUCAUCUCAAGGAACGAGAUAUAUGAAACAUGCAGGUCCUUGUGGGAGAUUGACUAUGAAUAUGUUGGUCGACAUUUUCUUGGGGAGUAAGAGUGCAAAGAUUCAGUCAGGGAUAUAUGGAAAGGGGUCUAAGUACUCACGACACAAUGCUGAAAGACUUUUUAAAAAGCUGAUACUUGACAAGAUCUUGGAUGAAGACUUAUAUAUCAAUGCCAAUGACCAAGCAAUUGCCUACGUGAUGCCCGGACGUGAAGCCCAAACUGUACUAAAUGGGCGUUUAAAGGUAGACUUUAUGGAAACGGAAAAUUCCAGCAGUAGGAAAAAACAAGCCUUAGUGACGAAGGUAUCUCAGAGAGAAGAGGUAGUUAAGAAGUGUCUUGGAGAACUUACAGCAGUCUGCAAAUCUCUGGGAAAAGUUUUUGGUGUUCAUUACUUUAAUAUCUUUAACACUGCCACUCUCAGGAAGCUUGCAGAGUCUUUAUCUUAUGAUCCUGAGGUUUUGCUUCAAAUUGAUGGUGUUACUGAAGACAAACUGGAAAAAUAUGGUGCAGAAGUGAUUCCAGUAUUACAGAAAUACUCGGAGUGGACAUUGCCAGCUGAGGACAGUUCCCCACAGAUGAGCCCAUCCAGCAGCAGAGGCACUGGGAGAAAUGGCCCUGAGGAGUUUGAUGAGGAAACACCCGUGUUGUCCUAUUACUUUGCAAAUAAAACCAAAAAUGAAAGAAAGAGGAAAAGGAUUCCAGGCCCCCAAAGGUCUAAAAGGAGAAAAACUGGUUUCGGUGAUUUCAAAACAAAUGCGAGGUCCACUGCACGCAGAAAGAUAUCUCCGAAAACCAAGUCCUCUGGCAGCUUUGGACCAAGUUCAACUGUGCCUGGUUCUCGAGCAGCAUCAGGAGCCAGUAGAAAAUUGGGGAUCAUGGCCCCACCAAUGCCUGUAAAUAGACCCUUCCUCAAGCCUUCAUUUGCCUUCUCGUAACAACCACAGCUCAAUGUACAGCAAUCUUAUUUCUUCUUUGUCGGCAUCUGACCAUCUGUGACUAUAAAGCUGUUAGUUUCCUUAUACCAUUUGUAAUUUUUACCCGUGUCUAUUAAUAUUUAAAUAAAUGCUUGGGGUGACAGUU